AUGAAGUUCGUUAUAUUAGCUUUACUUGCUUUGGCAUCUGGUCUUCAUGCCGCAAAAUUAGACCUCAAAGACUUAGGCUUUGUCCUUUUUGGAAACCAUGGUGAUGGUACUAAAACAUCUGUUGCUGCUGGCAAAUGCCCACUUGGAACUCUUCCAGCCACUGUAUUCCUUCACAAGACCUUUAAGAAGGGUGAUCAUUUCUUUACAUGGGUUAGACCAGUACAUGCUAAGGUUGAUGAGUUAGUAUGUGGAUCACAUGCUGUAUGGAAAGCUGCUGCUGGUGAAGUACUUCUUGACUUGCACUUUGUAGGUAACAAGGAUUCUGAGAAGUUUGUCCACUUGGAACUUUUCCACCCAGCUGUAGGUUCACACCACUUAUUCCUUAAAUUUGCUGCUGGUACCGCUCCCGGUGAUGGUGUUGUUCUUGGUAUGGCAGCCUUUGUAGUUGGUGUUCAUGGAUUAGUCGCUGGACUUCCUGAACUUGUUGGACUUCCUGCUCAUCCAUUCGUCCAUGCUUUGGCUGCUCAUGCUCAUCAUGUUGCUCACGUUGCUGCUGGUGCUAAGGAUGGUCUUGCUGCACAUGGUGGUGCUCUUCUUGUUGCCUAA